CGUGUCACGUGUCUCUGACGCGACACCGCUUCCGCCGCCGACGUCAGGGCCGUCAGCGAAGAUGGCGGUGUCCUGCGUGCGAACCCUGGGUUCGUUUCUCGGAAAAUGUGGGAAUUGCUGCUCCAGUGUAAACACGGUCACGUCGCAGCUGAGCCGGCAGGCCCUGAGCAGGCAGAUAUGUGUGAGCGCAGCCCUGCACAGGAAGAACCUGGCGGCCGCAGGGCCGCAGAAGUUCACGGUGGAGUUUAUUGAGAAGCAGGUGGAGGAGUUCAACAUCGGGAAACGGCACCUGGCCAACAUGAUGGGAGAAGACCCGGAGAACUUCAGCCAGGACGACAUAGAUAGGAGUAUCGCCUACCUCUUCCCCUCCGGCCUGUUUGAGAAGAAAGCCCAGCCCGUCAUGAAGCAUCCAGAAGAAAUAUUUCCAAAGCAGAGAGCUGUCCAGUGGGGAGCCGACGGACGGCCUUUCCACUUCCUCUUUUACACCGGCAAACAGUCCUACUACUCCCUGAUGCAUGAAAUGUACGAAAAAAUCCUGAACUUAGAGAAGCACCAAGACCGUCUGAGAGCCAAAGGGCUCUUCUCCCAGGAUUUCAAGCAGAUCUCUCUAGGCACAAGCAGGUGGCUCACAAAGGAGGAGGUGGAGGCGUUGCUGGUGGAGACCAUCUCCACUCAUGAUUACAAUCGCUUCAUCCAGCUGAUGGAGCGCCUGCUGUCCAUGCCCUACUGCGCCGCAGAGGAGGAGUUUGUCCUGCGUUACCGCCGGCAACUGGAGGCCCAGUCCAGGAAGCAAAUGGUGCCGCCGCUGGAGAGGGACGACAGAGGCGUGGCCUUCAGCACCUCAGACGGCCGUAGGAAGACGUCGAGCUCCUCUGUGGUUCUCCGAGACUGCGGCUCCGGACGCGUCACCGUCAACGGCCGAGACUACCUCCAGUACUUCCCCGUGCUGCAAGACAGAGAGCAGCUCAUGUUCCCGCUUCAGUUCAUGGGCAUGCUGGGGCGCUUCGACCUGGAGUGCACCGUGAGCGGCGGCGGCAGGUCCAGCCAGGCGGGGGCGCUGCGACUCGCCAUCUCCCGCGCCCUGCUCGGCUUCCUGUCCGAGGGAGACGUGGAGACCAUGAGACAAGCUGGCCUGCUGACCCCUGACCCCAGAGUGAGGGAGAGGAAGAAGCCGGGACAGGAGGGAGCGCGGAAGAAAUUCACCUGGAAGAAACGCUGAGGGGGGUUGAUCUUGCCCGAACUCAAACGUGCGACAUUCAGACCGACUUCUGGUAUCAACGUGGCCCCAUAGGAACUGAUGUCAUGUCAGCCGUGUCCCCCUUAGUUUUGUUUUUGUUUUGUUUAUUAAGCUCUUGAAACUACAGCGAGCCGGAUGCCUUCAUACGUUCUCCCAUGGCCGCCAUGUUUUCAAGGAGCAGCCCAGGCCCGACGCUCUGCAGUGUGAGCCCUCGGCCACCAGAUGGAAGUGUGCGGCCAGGAAUAAACGAAAAAGUCAAAUAUGAAUAUCAGUAUAUGAGUCAAUAAAUUAAGUUUUUCAUA